CAAUCUUACCUUCUCAUUAAUUUAGUGUCAAAAUUUGAACAAACAUGAGAAUAUCCAAUCCCAAAGUAAUAUUAUAAGAAAGGUGACCUUAAAAACAGCUGAUUGAAGACAUAAUUUAAACCCAAUUAUUAGUUGGAAUGCUGCCAUCCAACAUCAACUAGACCUAGUGCAACAAUAUCUCAUUUCAUCAAACAUUGGCAUCAUCACACCAGGAGAAGGUUUAUCAACCAUAACAACUCUGGGGCCACAAACAUACCAGAUAAAUUGAAACUCCACACUCUUAUUUCAAUCAUUUGAUCAGUGAAUGCCAACAGUUGAGCAGAACUUACGAAACUAAAAAACGAAGAGCAGGUAAAGCAGGCCACCAGCCAUCUUUCGCUUCGACAAAUCAUUUGCAUAUAAACCUCACAAUUUCCACUUCAACACUACUCGAACUUGAAGCUCAGAACAAUAUGAAUCUUGCAAUGCAGUCGAAGGUGAAGCUGGCAAUGGUGAUUGUAUGUAUGCUAUGUUACCAAUCAAUGGGUCAGCUAAGCUGCAUGCCUUUUGCUACUAGUUUGUCAUCUUGCAUGAGUUACAUCAUGGGCAAUGCGACAGCACCUUCACCACUCUGCUGCUCCAAUUUAGCUGAUGUCAUUCAGACACAGGCUCGGUGUCUCUGCACAGUCCUCAACAGCGGCGCUGCUCAGCUGGGAAUUCCUGUGAAUCAGACUCAGGCUCUCACUCUACCUGGGGUUUGCAGUGUCACAGUGCCAGCACUUAGCCAGUGCAACGCAGCCGCUGCAGGAACAACACAAGGAGCUCAGGUACCAACUUCCUCUGCAAUUCCCUUGGCACCACCAGCAUCAGUGGGAACUGCUUCUCCAUCAACACCAACAAACCCUUCAGUCACUGACAUUCCUAACGGCAAGACAUCCCAAGGAGUAUCAUCUGCUGCUCUUCUUUCAGCCAAAUCUUGCAAUUCCAUGCUGUCCCUUGUCAUCAUCUUCGCAUCUUAUGUCUCCAUCAAUCACUAGCUUCUGAGCUCUCAUGUUUGAACUGGAUCGUUUGUACUUUGUUGCUACCAGUAGUACUGAUAAUUUUCUCUACAUGAUAAAAGCAGAUCAGGAGUACCCAAGAGCUUCUAACAGUAAGAUUUCACUUAAAUCAGAUAUUUAUGUCCAAUUUCACUUGAAUCAGAUAUUUAUGUCCAACACGCAGUGCAUGCCAUUAGAAAAGUAGGAUAAGCCUAAACAACUAGUAGAAUUGCCAUCUUGAUAGUUCUUCAUGGACGAGUGAGCCAAUCUGCAGGGUAUGCUGCAGUUUCCCCUGGAAUCAUCCAACAGCUUCCAAAAGACAAACAAAAAUUAAUUGCAGAAGCACUAGAAGUUAAUGGUGAUUCAUGGCUUCAGUAGACAUUAUUAUAAUACAUAAGCUGACAGUUCUCACGUAGCCAAACAAAUGAGACAUGAUAAUGAACUGUCCAGAAAAUUAACCUCCAUAAAUUUGAACAACCUCCUAGUACCUUUAGUAAUCUCCUAUGGAGCUGAUUCAUGAAAUCUCUAGUGCAUGUGCAACAGACAGUUCACCAUAUUCAAACACAACGACUAAUUGAGUGUUUCUUCAUCAUAUUAGACGGUCAUUCAUAUAAGGCAUCACAACAUGGCUAUAAGAAUUGAUCCCACAUAACUGAAGCUCUGCAAUAGAAGGAACAUCAACCUCAAGAACAUAUGAGAUGUCACACACUUCCUGCUUGGCCCUUGAACUAGGGAAAAGGUUUUUCUCUAUUCAAUUAUACUAAACCCCAUCAUCCUAAAUAGAAAGUUUGAAACAAUUGGGACCUUUUCUGAGAUUGGAUGCGGCUACAAUUCCCAAUAAUGCUCCUCAAGGAAACUAAGAUAAUAAUUAAAAAAAGAAAGAAAGAAAGAAAGUGGGGAAAAAUGAGUGCAGCGCUCAAUAAAUAAACCAGGAAAAUAAAGUGGAUGCGCAGCAAUAGCCCUCAACAGGCAGAAUGCUAACAUAGCCAUUUAUUUAAGUAACUUAACAUUGUCAUUUCCUUCAUCAAACUUCAAUCAUAUUCUUGAUCUUGCUCCAUCCCCUGAUCCUAAUAUAAACUGGUAGCGUACCAGCCAGCUUACUAGGUUCAACAGUUCAGACAAUGUCUUUUAAUUCUAUUGCAAAUUUGCAAUUACCAUGAGUAUCCUACCUCAUCAAAACUAAAAUACUAGCAAUCCCAAUAGUCUCACCAAAGGAACAACAGUGACAAUUACUCCAAACUCUAGAUUUUAUUAAUUGAAAUACAUUCUUUUUGCAAUUUGAAAAUCUAGUCAUACCAUUUGCCAUCACUGUUUUUUCCAAAGAGGUAUCCAGACAAUUACGUGAUCAUGCUAAUGAACCAGUACAUAGAAUGAGAAAAAAAUUGCAAGAAAGAAGUCAAGGUCUUGUAGACAGACAUAUAACAGUAAAAAGUAUGAUGUAAAAAAAAAGUAUAUUUGAAUAAAGCUUUUGACUGAAAUCUUCACCUCAACAUUGUUUAGAACCCAGAAGAACAAACCAGAUAACAAUAACAAUUAAAAAAAAAAAAA